AUGGUGGUCAGGAGGUAUAGCUGUUACACAUCUCGGCAAGACAGGGCCAAUCUCAGGUCUAAUAGGUUACAUGGUAAAUUCAGGUACAUUCAUAAAUGGAAGUCUUUUUUUUUUCUUUGGAAACAUUUUUCUGCAGGUCACAUUAAUGGAGAUGUCCUCAUUGACCUCAGCGGUGGAUCAUUUAUCCAUCAUCUCUAUUCAGCCUGUGAGUUUUUCCAACACAUCAUAGUCCUGAAGGUCAGUGACAGAUGUAUCAUGGAGCUGAAGAGAUGGCUGGACUCACGAACUGGAGCAUUCGAUUGGGGACAUGCCAUAAAACUUCAUGCAGACAUAGAAGGAAGCAGUGAUCAGUUUCAAGACAAAGAAGGAAAAGUGAGAUCAACAAUUCCACAUGUAAUGAAAUGUGACCUUGAGAAAGAAAAUAUGACGGACCCGAUAGACUUACCACCAGCAGAUUGUAUCAUCAGUGUUGCGCUCCUAGAUGCAAUCUGCAAAGACCAAGAUGACUACAGGAGAUAUCUCAGGAAGUUCUCAAGGAUGCUGAAACCUGGAGGACAUCUUAUAUUAGCUGGGGCUUUAGAUAUGACAUAUUAUAUAGUCGGUAAAGACAAGUUCCAUGCUCUCACAUAUGAUGAGGGUUUUGUCAGGAAAGCUCUAGUUGGAGAAGGAUUUGUUAUAGAUUACUGUAAGGUUAAGAAGAGAACAAAUGUAAGUGACCUUAUGGACUAUAAGGCCAUGAUAUUCAUUGCAGCUCACAAGGAUAAGUAG